AUGGGACGAGAGGCACACAGCGGGCCUUACCUGGCCAAAAGCAAGCAGAAGAAGCGCAAGUCGACCUCAAAAUCCGAUACCGAGACCUCUACAGAGGCUGAAUCAGAAGAUACUGGUGAAGACGCAGCAGUCGCUGACACCAGCGAGACCAAAGACACCGCGAUUGUAAUAGACGUUCGGAAAGGAACUACCAGUCACAAUUGCAUCCUUGACGCAUGCAAAGGCACAAUCCAGGGCCAGAUCAACAGCUGCGCAACAAAUGACUGGGGCUGUCUCUGCACCCAGUACAUCAAUCUAUUGACAUGCUACAACAACUGCCCUGGCGACACGGGUGUAGCCUCAGUCCAACAACAGAGAGAACAGUACUGCAACUUUGCGAGCGUAUAUAGCUCCUCAACGACGAGAAUCUCCGCCGCUUCAACGACUGCGAGCUCAAGCGCGACAUCGUCCAGCGAUGAGACCGCCCAGACCGGCUUCGCUUCUGCUUCCGGUUCCCAGACUGCCGCCUCAACCAGCUCUGACAACGCCGCAGCCGCCGCAACACAGAUUGUCGCCAACAUUGCAUUCGCUGCCGGGGCCGCCGCUUAUAUGUUCUUGUGA